UUUUUGUCAUAAAAUUGAAUUCUCCCGCAAAAAAUGGAAAUGAAAGAACCAAAAUCAUCCUACCAAGGGAUGAACCCAAGCUUUGCUGGUAAAGAUAAUGGAUCGAAUCACGAGAUUCAUUCUGCUCUCAAAACAUCAGAAGAGAUUCCAUGGUGCAAGUCCUUGCUAGAUUUUCUGAAAGAGAUGGCUGAAAACAAUCAUCUCGAAGAGAAGUGGAAUAAUUUCCUCAAGAGUGAUAAAAUCUUCAAUAAAUUUGCCUCAAACAUCAUCCUCGCCUUUGAUAAUAACUACAAUGUACAAGAGCUCAAAGAUAUCUCCUUUAGAGAGAAGCGGAGAAGUAGUGAGCAGCUCGAUGAACUCAUCAAGAAAUGAAUCCAGAGCCUCCUUGAAUCGAGCAAGGAUUCUGAUAGGAAAAAGUUACAGUGCUUUGGAUAUCAACUCACGAGACAUCGAGGGGAAACAACAAUGAAAGCACUCAACUUGUCAACUCAAAAGCAAUAUUUCUUAAGAAAAGAAUGGAAUGAUGUCCGCCUCAUGAUUGGAGAUGAACUAUUUUGCCAUAUUUAUAAGAAUUACCUCAUUUUUGAAAGAACUUCAGAGGGAAGCUUAGUCCAGUUUGCUGGCAAAUAACAUUUUUGAAUUCCUUGGUGUCUCUAAGUAUCAAGCAGCGAUGGAUAAGAGCAAUUUAAAAGUCUCGAAGUGAUGCAAGUACAAUAUCAAAAACAAAGAUGAUCAUUAUAUUAAUAAUAUCAAUGAUGUUAUGUGGAAUAACAUGAAAUCCAGAACAAGGAUCUUUUAUUGUACUCAGUACAAUAGGAACACUCAGUUCUUCAAAAAGCACUUGCUGAUGAAAGACCAUGAUACACUUUCAGCUGUGGACCGAGCAGAGAAAUUGUUUCAGGAUAUCUUCAGGUUUAAUAGAAUCAGGAAGGAUCUAAAAACUAAUGUUGUAAAUAUUCUUACUCAUAUGGUUGAAAAGAUCAAGAAAUUCAGGUUCUCAUACUACUUAUCCAAAUCAUGUCCUCUUCCUGAAAACUGGGUUGAACGUAAGAAGGUGAUUUUAUCUCACCUCAAUGAUGAUAGACAAGCAAAAGCAAAGUAUUAUGAAGAGCUUUUCAGUUACACAAUCGAGAACAAAUGUGUGACUCAAUUUCUGAAUGAGUUCUUCUACCAUACAUUACCUAAAGAUUUCAUGACUGGAAAGAACAGAAAGAGUUUCCAAUCAAAGAUCAAGAAGUAUGUUGGACUGAACAAGCAUGAGUUAAUUCACAAGAACUUGUUGCUUGGAAAACUUGACAUCAAGAGCAUUAAAUGGCUUGGAUUCAAAACCAGCAAGAAGAACUAUCACUAUUUUGAUAAAGAGAACAGAUUUGUGUUAUGGAGAAUUCUGAGAUGGAUCUUUGAAGAUGUUGUAGUCUCCCUUAUUAGAUGCUUCUUCUAUGUCACAGAGCAGCAGAAAAGUUAUUCAGAAACUUAUUACUACAGGAAGAAUAUUUGGGAUAUUGUCAUGAAGUACAGUAUUGCUGACUUGAACAGAGAAACAUUAGAAGAAGUUCCAAAAGAAGAUAUGGUCAAGUGGAAGAAUGAACUUAGGUUUGCACCUGGCAAACUCAGACUGAUUCCCAAGAAAACUACUUUCAGACCAAUCAUGACUUUCAACAAAAAGAUUGUCGACCCUGAAGGUAAGACUUCCAAGAUGACUACAAACACGAAGUUGUCUUACUCCCACCUGAUGCUGAAGACUCUGAAGAACAGGAUGUUCAAAGAUCCGUUCGGGUUUGCAGUCUUCAACUACGAUGAUGUGAUGCGCAAGUAUGAAGAGUUCGUGCUGAAGUGGAGGCAGGUGGGCAGACCUAAACUUUAUUUUGUGACUAUGGAUAUUGAGAAAUGAUAUGACAGCGUUGAUAGGGAGAAACUAUCUCAGCUCCUUGGCACGACUCGGUUACUCUCUUCUGAAUUCAGAAUAAUGACAGUACAAGCUAUGAAGAGAAAUAAUGCAGAAGUAGUUGAUUUGGAUAAAUGUGCAAGAAAAUAAGAUGAAAGAGUGCUUCAGACAAAAAUGGCAAAAGAUCGCCUUGGAAGGUGAUCAAUAUCCAUCCCUCUUCAAUGUACUCGAGGACGAUCAGAACGACCUGAAUGCCAAGGAGACUCUCCUGGUUGAGAAUCAGAAGAGAGAUCCUUACAAGAAGAAGGCAUUGCUUGACCCAGUAAUAAAGAUCUGCAGACACAACUACAUUGAAUUCAACAGGAAGUACUACAAGCAGACGAAGGGGAUCCCUCAGGGGCUGUGAGUGUCUUCCAUCCUCUCUUCGUUCUACUACGCAAGUCUCGAGGAGAAUGCACUCGGCUACUUAAGAAAAGAGUCUAUGGAUGCUAAUGACCCUAAUAUCACUCUUCUAAUGCGUUUGACUGAUGAUUACUUGCUCAUCACCACUAAAGAAAACAAUGCCAUUCUGUUCAUAGAAAAGCUGAUUAAUGUAUCAAGGCAGAACAAAUUCAAGUUCAACAUGAAAAAGUUGCAGACCAAUUUCCCAUUAGAUCCUUCAAAACUGAACAAAUAUGGAAUGGCUUCUGUUGAAGAUCAAAACAUUGCUCACGAUUACAUAGACUGGAUCGGUAUCUCCAUUGACAUGUCUACAUUGGCAUUGAUGCCCAACAUAAACUUGAGAAGAAAAGGAAUUCUGUGCACUCUCAACAUGAACAUGCAGACCAAGAAAGCAUCCAUGUGGCUGAAGAGAAAACUGAAGUCUUUCUUAAUGAACAACAUCACCCACUAUUUCAGAAAGACCAUCACCAACAGAGAAUUCUCUAACAAGACCCUCAACAAACUCUACAUCGCCGGAGCUUACAAGUACAUGCAGUGCUGCAUCGAAUACAAAGACCACUUCAAGACCAACACAGAAAUCCACCCCCAGCUCGACAAAAUAAUCUGUGCCAUAAUCUACUCAGUCACCAGAGCGUUCUUCAAAUACCUAGUGUGCAACAUCAAAGACUCCAUCUACGACAGAGAGCACUCCAGGGACUUCUCCAUCGCCACUCUCAGACACUUCAUCGAAAUAUUCAGCCUAAAGAAGAACCACUUCAGUGGGGUGGUCAAAAUCCUGGUAGCGAAGGAACAGAAGAUGCUUGAAGAAAAAGACAAUGCUUGCAUGACUGCAAUUGAAAAUUAA